CAGUCGUGAUCCAUACGACUGCAUUCGACAUUCAACACUCCGUCUAUCUGUAAAUAUCAACGAUCACAGUGAAACAACUAAUAGAUUUAUAUUUUACAAUUAAAAAAAAAAAGGUAUAUUUAAAUUUUAAACAAUGGUUUACAAAAGUAAUAAAAGAAUUUCUAUUUACAAAUUAUAUUACAUAUUAUAUUGACCAACGUAGAUAAUUAAUAUAAAUAUAAUAUAUUAGAAUAUAAAUAUAUAUGUGUAUAGGUGUAAAUAUAAAGAUAAAAGUGUGUAAAGAUAAAUAAUAUAUCAUUUCUGUCAAAUGAUAAAAUGGAUUUACGCAACAAAUUGAGUAUUGCUUGUGAUAUUUUUUUAUUUAUAUUCACUGCAUUAAUUGACAUUAUUCGUAGUUUUUUUAAAUCACUGAUACCACGAAAAUACAGAUGUAAAAAAAUUAAUAAUGAAAUUGUAUUAAUAACUGGUGGAGCUCGUGGACUUGGUAGAUUACUUUCAAUUAGACUUGCUGCACUUGGAGCUCAUGUUGUUAUUUGGGGUACUAAUGAAACAGGUAUUAAAAAAGUUGUUAAUGAAAUUAAAUCAUUAAAUGGAAAAUGUACUGGCUAUGUUUGUGACAUAACUGAUAAACAAGAAAUUUAUAAAACAGCUAAUAUUAUUAAAAAAGAAAUUGGAAAUGUUACAAUAAUUAUAAAUAAUGCUGGAAUUGCAUAUGGAAAAGCAUUUGUUGACACUAAUGACGAUGAAAUUGAAAAAAUAUUUAAAAUAAAUAUAAUUUCUCAUUUUUCGAUAAAUAAAUCAUUUUUACCAGAGAUGAUGAAAAAUAAUCAUGGUCAUAUUGUUACUAUUUCGAGUAUUGCUGGACUGAUUGGUUCAUAUAAUUUUACUAGUUAUUCGGCAACUAAAUUUGCAGAGGUUGGCUAUCACAAAUCAUUGGAUGCAGAUUUAAAGAUUGGUGGAUACGAUGGAGUUCAAACAACAUUGGCAUGUCCAUAUUACUUUCACUCUGUUGGCUUAUGUCCAAAUGUUAAACCAAGAUUUCCAGCUGCACUCGAACCAAAUUACGUAGCUGAGGAAAUAGUGUUUGGAAUAUUGACAAACAAAAAAAAUGUAAUUCUGCCAGGAUAUUUUGGAUUAUUCAUUCCUUUUAUAGAGCUUUUACCACGACAAUCUUAUAUUAAAGUAAUGAAAAAGAUUUGCGAUGUCGAUGCAACUAUGGAAUCUUUUAAUAAUACCUCGAAUGUUAAUGAGGCAGUAGCCAAUACUUGUAUGUCAAUAUAAAAAAUAUAUUAUAAUGAGUUCUUAUGUAACAGAAUUCUGAUGCGUGAUAUGAUUGAUCUUUGAGAUACAGAAUAAUAAAAUAAUAUUUAUGUUUUUUUAAAGUCUAGUUUUUUGAUCUUUGUAUAUAUAUUAAUAAGAAAGAUCAAACAUUGCUACAUGUAUUGAUUGAUUGUAUUAUUGAGUAUAUAAUUUUUUGAUGAAUAGCAAUAUUUAAAAAAAUAAAUGAAUAAACAAAUAAC